AUGCUGAACUUCUGCGCUGCCCCCAACUGCACGCGGAAGAGCACGCAGUCGGACCUGGCCGCCUUCGGGUUCCUGCGGGACCCGGCCAGAUGCCAGAAGUCGGUGGAGAAUUGUAGGAGAGCAGACUUAGAAGAUAAAACACCUGAUCAACUAAAUAAACAUUAUCGAUUAUGUGCCAAACACUUUGAGACCUCUAUGAUCUGUAGAACUAGUCCUUAUAGGAGAGUUCUUCGAGAUAAUGCAAUACAAACAAUAUUUGAUCCUACCAGUCAUUUGAACAAUCCACAUAGUAGACACAGAAAACGAAUAAAAGAAUUGAGUGAAGAUGAAAUCAGGACACUGAAACAGAAAAAAAUUGAUGGAACUUCUGAACAGGAGCAGAAAAAUAAAGAAAUAAACAACAGCAAUGCUCAGAACCCCAGUGCAGAAGAAGGAGGUGAAGAACAGGAUGAAGACAUUUUACCUUUAACCCUUGAAGAGAAGGAAAAUAAAGAAUACUUAAAAUCCUUAUUUGAAAUUUUGAUUCUUAUGGGAAAACAAAACAUACCUCUGGAUGGACAUGAAGCUGAUGAAAUCCCAUAAGGUCUCUUUACUCCCAAUAACUUUCAAGCACUGCUGGAGUGCCGGAUAAAUUCUGGUGAAGAGGUUCUGAGAAAGCGCUUUGAGACAACAGCAGUUAACACAUUGUUCUGUUCGAAAACACAGCAGAAACAGAUGCUGGAGAUCUGUGAGAGCUGCGUUCAGGAAGAAACCCUCAGGGAAGUGAGAGACUCUCACUUCUUUUCCAUUAUCACUGACGAUGUAGUGGACAUAGCAGGGGAGGAGCACCUGCCUGUGUUGGUGAGGUUUGUCGACGAAUCUCAUAACCUGAGACAGGAAUUUGUGCGCUUCCUGCCCUAUGAAGCUGAUGCAGAAAUUUUGGCUGUGAAAUUUCACACUAUGAUAACUGAUAAGUGGGGAUUAAGCAUGGAGUAUUGCCGUGGUCAGGCUUAUAUUGUGUCCAGUGGAUUUUCUUCCAAAAUGAAAGUUGUUUCUUCUAGACUUUUAGAGAAAUAUCCCCAAGCUGACUACACACUCUGCUCUUCCUGUGCCUUAAAUAUGUGGUUGGCAAAAUCCGUGCCUGAUGGAGUAUCUGUUGCAUUAGGAACAAUUGAGGAAGUUUGUUAUUUUUUCCAUCAAUCACCACAACUGCUUUUAGAGCUUGACAAUGUAAUUUCUGUCCUCUUUCAGAACAAUGAAGAACCGGGUAAAGAACUGAAGGAGAUUUGCCAUUCUCAUUGGAGAGGCAGGCACGAUGCUUUUGAAAUUUUAGUGGACCUCCUCCAGGCACUUGUUUUAUGUUUAGACGGUAUAAAUAGUGACACAAGUAUUAGAUGGAAUAACUGUAUAGCUGGCCGAGCGUUUGUCCUCUGUAGUGAAGUAACAGAUUUUGAUUUCAUCAUCGUUCUUAAAAAUGUUCUAUCUUUUACAAGAGCCUUUGGGAAAAAUCUCCAGGGGAAAACCUGUGAUGUCUUCUUUGCAGCCAGUAGCUUGACUGCAGUGCUGCAUUCACUAAAUGAAGUGAUGGAAAAUAUUGAAGUUUAUCAUGAAUUUUGGUUUGAGGAAGCCACACAUUUUGCAACCAAACUUGAUAUUCAGAUGAAACUCCCUGGGAAAUUCCGCCGGGCACAGCAAGGUAAUCUGGAAUCUCCACUAACCUCUGAGGGUUACUAUAAAGAAACUCUAAGUGUUCCAACAGUGGAACACAUUAUUCAGGAACUGAAAGAUAUAUUCACAGAACAGCACCUCAAAGCUCUUAAAUGCUUAUCUCUGGUACCCUCUGUCAUGGGACAGCUCAAAUUCAAUACAUCAGAGGAGCACCAUGCUGACAUGUAUAGAAGUGACUUACCCAAUCCUGACACGCUCUCAGCCGAGCUGCACUGUUGGAGAAUCAAGUGGAAACACAGAGGGAAAGAUAUAGAGCUUCCAUCCACCAUUUAUGAAGCCCUCCCUCUGCCAGAAAUCAAGUUUUUUCCUAAUGUUUAUGCACUGCUGAAGGUCCUAUGUAUUCUUCCUGUGAUGAAGGUUGAGAACGAACGCUAUGAAAAUGGGCGAAAACGUCUCAAAGCAUACCUGAGGAACACUUUGACAGACCAAAGGUCAAGUAACUUGGCUUUGCUUAACAUAAAUUUUGAUAUAAAAUAUGAUCUGGAUUUAAUGGUGGACACAUAUAUCAAACUCUAUACAACUAAGUCAGAGCUUCCUACAGAUAAUUCAGAGACCAUUGAGAAUACCUAAGAGACUUUUAAAAUAGGCUUUGUCUUAUAUUUGACAUUUGAAAACAUCUUACAGAAAAGCUGUAAGGUGUAUGUAGGCCACUUAAUCACU